AAAUUAAUUUAUCCGAGCAGACUGUACGUGCAUUUGGCGUCUGGGUUGGAGACGCCAAGACGUCGGAUGCAGUUUCUGUGCACUGUGAACCCCGGUUGAUUCUUCCCUAUUGAUUGUAUGUAACAGCGUACUGAAUAUUCUUUUUCUACUCAAUUUUUCGAAAAAUUUAGUUAAGAAUUGAAAAUUAUAAGGGAAAGUACAAGUAAAAAAUGACACCAGAAGGAUAUACGCGUGUUUAUGUCGGUGGAUUAAAUGAAAGUAUAAAAAAAGAAGAUCUUCAAACAGAAUUUGAAAAGUAUGGCAAGCUAAACAAAGUUUGGGUAGCAUUUAACCCGCCAGGUUUUGCAUUUAUUGAAUUUUUAAAUAUGAAUGAAGCAGAACUUGCUUGCAGCAGUAUGAAUGGUACAGAGAUUAUGGGUGCAAAAUUAAGGGUUGAAAUUUCACGGGGUAGGGGUCGUGGCGGAGGCAGGGGUGGUAUGGGAGGAUUCAGAGGAAAUCGAGGAGGUGCAGCUAGGGGUUAUGGUUCUGCUGCCUCUAUUGCAUUCAAUUAUAGAGGAAAUAAUAUGUAUGCAGAUUAUGGAGGUUAUUAUGCAGGCAAGGGUGGUGGAAGUAGAAGUAGAGACUAUUAUGGAGAAGAUUAUAUGACUAAUCGUGCCAGUGGGUAUGUUACUCGAGAUGGAUAUACACAGGAUGUCUAUAAUAGUGGAGAUCCAAAUGCUGAUUAUUAUAACAACAAAGGCACUGGUACAUCAAGGUAUCGAAGUCGUUCCCCAGCUGGUCGUGGCAGUCAUCGUCAUCUUCGUGAAUGCACAUAAAAGAUCUACACUGCAUUGCCAAUCUGAACUGCGGGCCAAUCAACAGCCCAUCCUGAUGACUACAUUUCUAUCCAAUCUACGCAGCGACCUGUAUAUAGACAAGAACUACCAUUGCAGAUCAAGUUGUGCAAUACCAUUUGUAUAGUAUACUUUAGUUCUACAGUUUGUAAUCGUUUUCAGAAACAUUAUUCAUUAUUCACAAACAAAAUCAUUGCAAACUUUAUAUAACAUGAAAAUGAAUCAUGAACAAAAUUUGAA